AUGACGUUCACUGACGAGAGGGACGAGUCGUCGCAACUAUUAUCGCCAUUUCAUCCGAAGUUCAAAAACAUGCAAAACAUUAAACAUAACAACAAUUAUAACUACACUCUCGUAACCAAUGGCAGCGGGAGGGGUAUCCUGGGUGUACCCAUCGAUUCGGACAGCGCCAUAACCACCACCGAUAAUACUCAGAGCACCUCCACCACGACUACAGUAUCAUCCACGACACCAUUGCUGCCUAAACCCGAUGCCGAUACCAGAAUGGGUAGGAUUGCCCGUAGGAUACCGGCCCUGGGCAUUAUCAUGGCGUUCAUGUCCGUACUGUGCUAUUCAUUGGGCUCAGCCAUUGUCAAUCUGAUGCCAGAAUUACAUUCACUCGAAAUACUCAUGAUUAGAUCCAUAUUCCAAUUCGUAACAUUCGGAACGUUAGUCAUCAUAAAAGGCUACUCAAUAGCCCCGGCCGAGGGGCACAAAUCAACCCUAGCCUUACGGAUCAUAUCGGGCACCAUUACCCUCACCACAGUAUUCGUCGCCUACCGGCUCAUGCCGUUAGCCGACGCCUCGACCAUACAGUUCUCAUCGCCCGUAUUCGUCGCCAUAUUCGCCUACUUUAUGCUCCGGGAGUCCAUCAACUGUAUCCAAGGGGUGGCCGGGUUGGUCACCCUGGCCGGUGUGGUGGUCAUCGCUCAGCCCGAGUUCAUAUUUGGUGCCCAAUCGAGUCUGGUGUACGACCAGAGAUUAUUGGGCACCACCCUGGCUGUGGUCAGUAGUAUUUCCGGGGCUUUUAGCAUGAUCACUUUAAGGAAGUUGAAAACUACGCCAGUUCCCGUUAUUGUCACGUGGUAUGGGUUAGCGGUAUCCAUUGUGGGGCUCAUUAUAUUGUUAGCCCUGAAUGAGUUGACACUACCUCAAGGCUGUAAAUAA